CAGGUUUUUUUUUAAAUACACCGAUACAGUUUUAGUUACCUAAAUUAAUCGCAAGAAUGUCAGAUAUCCAGAAUGUAAAAUUGUUUUUAUGAAACUGGAGAAAAUUAAGCCGAGUAAGAUUUGUUUCGAACUCUGAACGAAUGACGAAUCCUGAUUAUGCUUACCUAUAAGCUGGUAAAAAUUUAGAAAAAAAAAGUUACUCUGCACGAUCGCUGAACUUCCACUUCCUUUUAAGAUCUCCUAUCUCAUCUGUUCGAUCUCCGGUUUGUUCUGCCGUGAAUGCACGAUUUGUGGCAUCACCUUUUGCACUGUUAUAUGUUACCAUGUAUAUUCAAUAGAUUGGUAUCAUACCGGUAGGAGCUGAAGAACGGCAUUGAAGGUCUUGCUGGAACGGUUGGCACUUGGAUGCUCGUGUAACACUGUAACGCUGAUGUUACGCACCCAUUGACGCUUUCUGAUCGCAGGAUGUCUUUGUGAUUUUUUGUUGUUCAUUCUUAUUGCAUGCACUACGUAUUUCUUGGUUACGAACUGAAUUGAGAUUGGAAGGAUCAUCUUAAUUGCAUGGAAUGUUUAUCGAUAUUCUGUCCCUUGCUCCAACCUUAUCAGCGUUGUGUUCCAUCGUUUCCAUGAUUAAAUUCACCAAGUCCUUAAAACUGGAAGCGUGCGCGUGUCGGUGGUAUUCAGACUGCAUCUUGCGCUGAUCGCAGUAUUGCAUCGGAACUUUAACAAAAUGGAAGAACCUAGCAGUCACGGCAGCGAAGGCGAUGUCCGUCGAUUCCAUCCUACAAUGGCGUCUCCGGAAAAAGAUCGCUCCAGUAAAGUCCGUGGACGUGAAAACACUCGGUUCAGAAUUCCGUCAAUCGUCGUCAAAGAGACACUUCCUACGCAGACUGAUGUGCUAUCUCUGGCGGAUCCCGUCGCUCGCAGCCUUCGUCUGGAUAAUAAAAAGAUGACGGGAAAGCAUUUUGCGCACUUUAAUACGGCGGCUACGAGAAAGCUAAUCAACGGGCGCUGGGUUGUCUUUAUCGGGGAUUCUGUGGUUCGAGCCAUGUACAAGGAUCUCGUGCACAUGGUUAACAACGCCAUAUCCCUGGUGUAUCCAUACGAUCUGGCUAAGAAGGGGGAAAUCUCUUUUGAGCACGACCAAUUACUGCAUGGCGAUAAGCUGGCGAACCGGGAGCCCACUAACGGUAUCGACUAUGAGGAAGUGCGCGCUUUCCUUCCUCGUUGUAUGGAUUGUCGCGGCAUGAUUUCGUUUUGCUUUACCACGAAAUUCUGGAAUUCUAACCUUGAGCGUACGCUGAAAUACGAAUUUUUCGACUCCCGACAGCAGUUUGGCCAACCUGAUGUCGUGUUCGCUAAUUCAUGCCUUUGGGAUCUGGCACGAUACGGAGAUUUUAAGAAUGAAGAAGAUAUGAAAACGAGAUAUCGGAAUAGUGUGGAAACGUUUAUUGAUGAAUUCAAAAGAGUGAGCAACAACAAAACUCUUUUGGUGAUUAUGUCCACUCUUCCUGUCUCCACGCACUGUACCGGUGCAUUUCUGCUGGACGAAGAUAAAGACAAGAAAAGUGAUUUGUGGAAAAAGGUGAAGACGGCUAAUAUUAUCUGCGCGAAAGUUGUGAAAGAAAAAACGGAAAGGGGAUAUAGUGUGGUGUAUUUGGAUCUGCAUACAUUGGCUAUAAACUUGGAUCUGUCACCCUGGAUGGAGAACGAUGGGACACACUGGAAACCUCCUGCCCAUAGAGUGUUUUCCUAUUGUAUUCUCUCUUUUAUGCAGUCGUUCGUGGGGAUGCCUUUACCAACGGAAAAUUUUGAUGCAUAUUUGCGGGCUUGUGAUGAUUUAUUCCGUUUUAAUGAGUAUCGAAGAUGGCUUGCGCUACGAAUUAUGAAAAAGACCCGCCGUAGUAUGGAAGAAAUCAUAAGAACUAUCGAGGACCGGUUUUCUAAGAAAGAUGGCGAUCUGGAAAUUGCUUACGCCCACGAUUAUUCGCGACGCCCUCCUGCUCGCUCCUUCAGACCGAAUGGGCAUGCAAAGCAGAUUGCACGGACUUCGGUAGAAUAUGGGUAUCAACCGCCGCCACUCCCGCUUUAUCCACCAGUGCCGUCGUUAGUUCCCUUUCAGCCAGUAAUGCCAUUUGCGUUGCAUCAAGAUACGGAUUUUCCGAUGCAAAGCUUUUCGAACGGCUGUAUUCCAAAUGGAGAGCUACAACCCAUGGUGCCGCCGGCACCUGUUGUGUAUGAGAACAUUAAAAAGCGCCAUCAUAACAACGAUCAGCCAUCAAGCAGUGUAAAGCACAAAGCGUCCCGUUCAGAUCGUCGAGGUUCCAGAACACAGGUCAAGUCAGUACGGGAGGAGGCAGUUGUGCAGCAGGAAUACAGUCCCAAACUCCCCAUGGCGCUGGAGGAAUAUAAUCCUGAGUAUUGCAUUCAUAACGAAGACGAAGAUCUCGCAGCCGGUGCUGACGCGGAACAGUUUUACAAUAACAUGUUCCGAUAUACGUUCCAAGAGAACAAUGAAGACACGGAAGUAAGAAAUCCCAACAACAUCAUCGUUCCAACAAAAAAGCCAUCAGAAGACGACCUGGGAUCGUACUCGCCAAACGAUUUAAACUUUGACGAUCCGUCUGUUCCCACGGCUAAGCCAGGUCGAGAAAGUAAAGGGGUGGGAGAGCUAAUGCACCGCGUUUUCCCGAUGGCGACGUCGUCUAGCAACGUUCUACUGCCCACUUCUGGACUGUUGCAGACGCCGGGUUUACUUCCUGAGCCGCCCGUUAGUCAAGUUCCUUUGCCCCAUAUUUCCACAUUGGCAGAAGUGGAAUCAGUUCAUGCUGGUCGUUCUGUUGUGCCUCCUGGAUAUCCUCCGGCGCCACCACCCCCUCGUGCUUCCCAGAAACCACCUCCACCCCCACCGUUGGCGCAGUACCGUCCUCCACCACCGCCACGUGCAGCAGAUUGGCCGCCGCCUCCACCGCCACCCCAACAGCUGCAGCCUCCUCCUCCACCAGGUCAGCCCUACCAAGAUUAUUCUUCCGAUGUGUAUUACGAUACAGUGAACCAGCAGGCGAGGGACUACUACCAUCAACCUGAAAGGUCUGCGGGUUGGAAUGGAGAAGGCACAUCUGCUCCCUAUGCUGGCCAAGGAUCAUUGUCUGCUGCCGGUCAGACUGAUUAUUCUGGCGAUGAAUACAUGGAUUGGGAGUACCAGUGAAAGUCGUAAGCAUUGUCUUCGCAGCAGACGUUCUGUAUGUGUCUGGAUUAAUGUGAUGUUUGGAUCUUUUGUUCGAUUGCAUUUGCGGUCGACUUUGCCUUCCUGGCCGUUCCAGUAUUAUGCGUUGUUGUACGUCGCCAAAGGUUUUGGUUACAAUACCAGAGCUGUACCUACUUGUAACUUUGUUGAUAUAAAUUUUUUAACCCGGAAAUUGUAUAAUAAACAGUAGCUUACCGAAUUUUGUAAUUCGAUUUCUUUAAGGCGUCUAUGAUUUCUUUAAUGAGAGGUUCCUUUGCUCUUUGGCUUUUUUUUCAGAAAUCUAAUAAAGCCGAUUCUAAUUAGG